AUCAUUACUUUUAUUUUGAUCACAUCACUCAUCACAUUUUUUAUAUUUUCUCCAUGCUUUUAUUCUUCUCUAUCUCUCUCAGGUUUGAACAUAAUCUGAUCUUCAUAUAACCAUAGAUCUUGAAGAAUCCAAUUCAACUGGAAAACGGCGUACACACGCGUGUCGUUCACAGAAAUUCAUGCCAAUUCCCAUUUCAUCACAACUAGCUUUUUAGGUUUGACAUUGGGAGGUACACAAUUGGUUCAAAAUUCAGGUUCAAAAUCAAAUUUUUAGUUGAAUUCAGAUUCUGGGUCAUGGAAAUUUUCAUUUGAUAAGUGAUGGAUUUGAUAAAUUGAGGUUCAAGAUAUAGUUUUUAGUUGAAUUCAGAUUCUGGGUCAUUGAAAUUUUUGGGUUUUAUAUUUUGCGGAUAAAGUAGUUUGGUUUGGUAUGUGAUGAAUUUGAUAAAUUGAGGUUCAAGAUCAAGUUUUUAGAAGAAUUCAUAUUCUGGGUCUGAAAUUUUAGAGUUUUAUUGUUGAGGAUAUAGUAGCUUGGUUUGAUAUGUGAUGAAUUUGAUAAAUUGAGUUUCAAGAUCAAGGUUUUAGUUGAAUUUAUAUUCUAGGUGGGUGAAAUUUUCGGAUGUUACCUUGUGAGGAUUAACUAGUUUAUUUGGUUUGGUUUGGUUUUGUGUGUGUUGAAUAUGGGUGCUAAUUUUUCCUCAUGUGUAUGUGAUGGAGAUGAGGAUUGUAGUAUGAGGCCAAGGCUUGGGGAUAUACCAGAGAGUUGUGUGGCAUUGGUGUUGAUGUAUUUGGAUCCACCGGAUAUAUGUAAGCUAGCACGAUUGAAUAGGGCGUUUCGUGAUGCUUCUUUUGCCGAUUUUGUUUGGGAAUCGAAGUUGCCUUUGAAUUAUGAGUUUAUCAUGGGAAAAGCUUUGGAGGAUGAUACUACUAGUUCUAGUUCUGGUGCUGAAUUAGGGAAGAGGGAUAUUUAUGCAAGGCUUUGUAAGCCUAAUUUGUUUGACAAUGGAACCAAGGAAAUUUGGCUAGAUAAGAGGACUGGUGGGGUUUGUUUGGCAAUUUCCUCCAAAGCGUUAAGGAUUACAGGGAUAGAUGAUCGCAGAUAUUGGAAUCACAUUUCAACUGAAGAGUCAAGGUUCCAUACAGUUGCUUAUCUUCAUCAAAUAUGGUGGCUUGAAGUGGAAGGAGAUAUUGAUUUCCAAUUUCCAGUAGGGACAUACAGCGUGUACUUCAGACUUCACCUUGGCAGGUCAUCCAAGAAGCUUGGACGACGAGUUUGCAAGACCGAGCACAUCCAUGGCUGGGAUAUUAAACCUGCAAAGUUUCAGCUGACGACUUCUGAUGGUCAACGCGCUGUCUCCCAUACUCAUUUGGAUAAUCCAGGGCACUGGAUCCUCUACCAUGUAGGAAACUUUGUUUCUAAGAAUUCUAAUGAUUUGAUGAAGGUCAAGUUUUCAUUGUCUCAAAUAGAUUGCACUCAUACAAAGGGUGGUCUGUGUGUUGACUCUGUGCUUAUAUGCAAUAGUAGCAAUGUAAAAAAAGAAGCGUAAAUUGAUUUUGUAGGUAGGAAAACGUGAGUCACCUGAGUUGACUUAGUGCAUGUUUGGUAUCAUGGUGAUUUCAGUAAAUCCACCAUACUACCAAACACGCACUUAGCAAUUUUUGGUCGCAUAGGGGGUGUCCAGUGGAAGUAAUACCUUAAAAUAUACCCCACAAAGCUUCCCAAGAUAGAUGUUUGGUUUCUUUGAUAAGAUAAAUGUUUCAAGUUAGAAUCCAUGUGUGUAUUUAUGGUUUUGUUGUUCUUGAGAAUUUUCGAUGUUAAUAUGCGCUUCAUUUGGAUUUGGAUUUUACUUGUGAUUUAUAAAGUAAAAAAAUUGAAACGGAGGAUUGGAUUUUAUGUA